GUUGAUGUUAGCGAAUGGUUGAAACUGAAACAUUUGGAAAAAAUCUCACAGGUAUCAACAAAAAAAAAUAAAAAAAGAGAGUAGGAGGUAAACACUAUAUAAUAUAUAUACAUAAACGAUAGUUAGUGAAAACAAUUCCACAACAAAUUUGUGAUGGCAACUUGUUGUGAACAGCAAUGGAGCGCAACAAUGAUAUUAGUUGUUUUAAUCAUAGCUUCACCACCGUUAUUCACAGCCUGCCGCCCCUCUUUCUCUUCCAUCUUCAGCUUCGGGGAUUCUCUUGCCGACACCGGUAACUUAUAUUUCAGCUACCAGCAACCCUCCCAACACUGCUUUUCACCUCCUUACGGCGAAACAUACUUUCAUCAUCCCUCUGCACGUUGCUCCGAUGGACGCCUCAUCCUCGAUUUCAUCUGUGAGUCAUUGGGAGUUCCAACGGUGAAACCGUAUUUAGGAAUUAAGAAUGGUGGAUUGGAAGAUAGGAGUGCGAAUGAAGGAGUGAAUUUUGCUGUUAUAGGAGCAACGGCGUUAGAUGUUAGUUUCUUUGAAGAGAGGGGUAUUCAUAAUGUUGAAACCAAUUAUUCAUUAACGGUUCAGUUGAAUUGGUUCAAGGAACUGCUACCUGCUCUUUGCAAUCAUUCUUCCACUAACUGCCAUGAAGUUCUUGAAAACUCGUUGUUUCUUGUGGGAGAGAUCGGAGGCAACGACUUCAACUAUCCUUUAUUUAUACAAAAGAGCAUAUCCGAGGUUAAAACAUACGUGCCACAUGUAAUCAAUGCAAUAACUUCAGCAAUUAAUGAGUUGAUUUAUCUGGGGGCACGAACACUCAUCGUCCCUGGAAAUUUUCCACUGGGAUGCAAUGCAAUCUAUUUAACCAAGUAUGAAGCCAAAGAUAAAAACCAAUAUGAUUCAGCUGGUUGCUUGAAGUGGUUAAACGCAUUUGCUGAAUUUUACAACCAGAAGCUCCAAUAUGAGAUACAUAGGCUUCGAGGAAUUCAUCCUGAUGCUAAUAUCAUCUAUGCUGAUUAUUACAAUGCUGUAUUGCCAUUAUAUCAUUAUCCCACAAAAUAUGGUUUUACGGGUCUCAAAGCCUGUUGUGGAAUAGGAGGUCCAUAUAAUUACAAUACAUCAAAAGCUUGUGGCGAUCCAGACGUGAUUGCUUGUGAAGAUCCUUCUCAGUAUAUUGGGUGGGAUGGUAUUCAUUUGACAGAGGCUGCAUAUAAAUUGAUUGCUGAUGGUUUAAUAAAUGGACCAUAUUGUGUCCCUCAAUUUAGUAACUUGUGUUUCAUGAAUGUAACCAAUGAAUAUGGAUAUUUCAAUAGCUAGUGUGUUUUACCUGUUAGACAAGUCAAGCUGUUGUUUCUGAAGAGUGCAAAAUUGGAUGAUAUGUUUUGAUUUUUUUCUUUC